AGGGUGGCAAUACCGCGACCCUCCUAAAAUGACCCUGUGACCUCCCUGCAACUCCCUAUUGGGUCAGGACCCCCAAUUUGAGAAACGCUGGUCUCCCCUGUGAAAUCUGUAUCGUGUAGGCUAAAAGCACACAAAAGAACAGAUUUCAUGGGGGGAGACCAGAUUUCAUGGUCCGUGACGCAUUUUUCAUGGCCGUGAAUUUGGUAGGGCCCUAAUUAUGGUACAGAUUUGUGGCAGACCUUGCCAACACUUAUGCAUGUCAAUAAAUGUAUCCAUGUGAGAAGUUUCACUGAAGUCAAAUAAAGUUAAACACUUGAAACUUUAGAUAGAUAUAGGUUUAAACAAUAUCUCCUGUAUAGGAUCAUUUACAAAGAUAUAAAGAACAAAGAUAUUAUCUCAACUAAUCAUAAAUUAUUUAUUUCAGAAAACUUUUCAAGUAAAAUGUCAAAAGCUGACAUACAACUUUAAAUAUCAAAACCUGAUUUAUACAGUUUAAUAUGUGAAAUCCUCUUUACCCUUGCAAAUGAUAUAAUUCAUUGUGUGUAUUUUGAAAAAGUUUAUAAGUGAUUAUUUUGGACCAGAGUUAAGACUGUUGUUAGGAAUGAGUAUGGUGAGUUUUCAAUUGUCAGUACUGUCAUUAACUGAAUUUUGGAACUGUAAGAGUAAUAGCAUAUUUAUGUAAUUUACUUUAAGUGAUAGUUGUGAUAGUUUCCAUAAUUUGUAAUGUUUAUUUUCUGUUGUUGUAAUGUUCUUCUUGUCCUCUUAUCUUGUAUAAGGUUUAUAUCAUUUACUUUUCAAUCUUAACUGAAAAUCAGCUGUUUUUGGGGGGCGGGGAGGUUUGUGCCAUUAUAUUGUAUGUUGAUUUUACAAAAUAAGCAUGACAUUGUUUUUUAGUUUGCAGGUGAUUAAUUUGUUGGUUACUGCUUUGGAAAAUCCAGUGAAACAAAUUGAGGAAAAUACUGAACAAAAGGAAACAGACAGAGCCAUAUGUGCAGCUAGUAUUCUCCACCAAGCUGAUCAGGCUUUCAGACGAAUUGUCUCUCAAACAAUGAAGGAUGUGAGAGAUAAAAAUAUACUUCCAAGUGAGAUGAAGAUUCUGGCAGAAGAACUUAAUAAGCUUAAAGCAGAAUUCUUGGAAGAUUUACGACAAGGGACUCAUCCAAAAAAUCAAUUUUGUCUGCCAAGCAGUGAAUUUGUUACAAAUGUCAUUACUUCAUUCCAACAAGCGACAGACAAUGUAGUGAAGAAGGGUUUUGUUUUAAAUGAGCACACUGUGUUUUCAGUGCAAGGAAUGCCAAAAACGUGAUAGUUUUAGCCAUCCUGCUGAAUACGUUAUCUGAGGAAGCCAAGCUGCCAUGUGUGGAGGUUUAUGUUAAUUUAUAAUUUCAUUUCUGUCACAAUGUUAUGAAACAAAACAAAAACAAAAAAACUCAGGUGUUUCAUCUUUAAGACCAGGCCAACAAUAGGAAGAAAUGAGUUUUGAAGAUGAAAGAGAUUUUGGCACUGUAGUCCCCUAAUCGGUGUCUCUUAAAACAUCUUUGGUGCAAAUCUUUGAACUCCUUCUCUGGCUCCUCCAUCCCUAAUGUUCUUCGUCCUUGCUUCUAUAUUUCCUAGAUUUCCCAUGUAUCCAUCUCUCUGUUCCUUUCCCAUCUCAGAUUAGCCCAGUUUUCCUUUUUUUUCAAUGUCAUUUUCCCUUUUCCCAUAGAACAAAUAAUAGAAGCAAAGAAUUCUCAAAUCUUCCUCCCAAUCCUUUGUUCUUCCAAAGUAUUUAUAGCUAGGCAACAAAGAUGUACAUAGGUAGAAAAGCUCUGGUCUCAAAUGUUGUUUGCUCUCAGUAAUUAACCUCCUCCUACAUUAUUAAAGUCAUCAUUCCUAUUGGGACAGUCAGGGAAUCACAUGUCGUCAUACUGCAUAACAAUAGAGUGAAUCAUAGCAUGUGUAAGAAAUUAUAGGAAAUUAUAAAUUGUCUUAUUUAAUAGUCAGUACAAACAGUAUUACAUUAACUGGUUAAUGUCUGCAUGAUGCUAUUUAACAUGUAAAGUGCUAGGUAAUAUUAAUAAAGAGAUUAGAAUAUC